CAAACCCUGGUGGUGGCGGUCUCUAUUGCUGAAAAAGAAAUGUUCUUCCCCUUCUCAGCUGUUCAUGUACUAAUUAGGUGUAGCUGGUUAAACAGAAGAUGUAAUAGUAUAUGACCAAGUUGCACUAAUGGGUUCAGACACAUCCUUUUCACCACCGAGAGAAUUGCCCAAAGUCAUUAAAUAUUGGAAAGUUCUAAGAUCCCACCAUGUUAUCAUCAUCCAUCAACAAGGUUUCACACUGACCCAUUGACACCACCAAAAACAGAAGUCCUUGAAAAGAUCUGCUAAUAAAUAGCACCAAAAUCUCAAACUGCUCAUGCCUUGGGAGUUUGCUUCCAAUCUUGAGGUACUGAAAAGCUCAACAAUGUCCUGCAAGACUUUAGUCUGCCUCCUCUUCCUUCUCCUCCUAAAACUUGCAGUCUCCACCAGUGAUGAUGACCUCACCUUCAAUGGAUUCAGUGGUGCCAACCUCACCCUUGAUGGCAUCGCAUCGAUCACAUCCAAUGGCCUCCUGAUGCUAACCAACAAGACAAAGCAGAUGAAGGGCCAUGGCUUCCAUCCAUCCCCUCUUCACUUCAGAAAGCCUCCAGAUGGUAAAAUCUUCUCCUUCUCCACUACUUUUGUAUUUGCAAUACUCUCAGAGUACGUCGGGCUUAGUGGCCAUGGAAUUGUCUUCUUAGUCUCUCCCACUACGGACCUCUCCAACGCUUUACCAAGCCAGUACUUGGGGCUCUUCAAUUCAAACAAUAACGGUAAUUCCACCAAUCACGUCUUUGCAGUUGAGCUAGACACAAUUCUUAGCUCUGAGUUCAAAGACAUCGAUGAUAACCAUGUUGGAAUUGAUAUCAAUAGCUUAAAAUCCAACAGCUCUCAUACUGCUGGUUAUUAUGCUGAUGAUACUGGUUCGUUCAAGAACCUAACCCUUAUUAGUGGCCAACCCAUGCAAGUAUGGGUAGACUACGAUGGCAGAGUGAUGCAACUCAAUGUCACCAUGGCUCCCAUUAGGAUGUCCAAACCCCGCCGGCCUCUCUUGUCUUCCACCAUCGAUCUUUCGAGCGUGCUGGUGGAUCCGAUGUAUGUUGGAUUCUCUUCAUCAACAGGCUCUGUUCUGACAUCUCACUAUGUCCUUGGAUGGAGCUUUAAGAUGAAUGGAAUAGCUCAAGCAAUCGAUUACUCGAAGCUACCUUCGCUCCCUCGUAUAAAACCGAAGGCCAGAUCGAAGGCUUUGGAUAUUUCAUUGCCUUUAGCUUCAGCUGCGUUUGUGCUAAUGGUUGUUGGAGCCGCAAUGUUUCUUGUUAGGCGGAGAACCAAGUAUGCAGAGCUACUUGAAGAUUGGGAGCAAGAGUAUGGGCCUCAUCGAUUCUCUUACAAGGAUUUGUUCAGAGCUACUAAAGGCUUCAAAGACAAGGAGCUACUUGGCAUAGGAGGCUUCGGGAGGGUCUAUAAAGGUGUGCUACCCACUUCUAAGAUGGAGGUUGCAGUCAAAAGAGUUUCCCAUGAAUCAAGACAGGGGAUGAGGGAGUUUGUAGCUGAGAUUGUGAGCAUUGGCAACCUCCGACAUCGAAACCUGGUCCAAUUAUUGGGUUACUGCCGGCGCAAAGGAGAGCUCCUCUUGGUCUAUGAUUACAUGCCAAAUGGCAGCCUAGACAGGUUCCUCUAUGAUCAAGAGAAGACUACUCUUGAUUGGAAUCAGAGGUUUCGAGUCAUCAAAGGAGUGGCAUCAGGUCUCUUAUAUCUGCAUGAGGACUGGGAGAAGGUGGUCAUCCACAGAGACAUCAAGGCAAGCAAUAUUUUGCUGGACAAUGAAAUGAACGGGAGAUUAGGUGACUUUGGCCUUGCUAGACUGUAUGACCAUGGAACCGAUCCCCAGACCACUCAUAUUGUUGGAACCAUGGGCUAUCUUGCUCCAGAGCUUGCAAGGACUGGAAAAGCAACCACAAUCACUGAUGUGUUUGCUUUUGGAGCCUUCAUUCUAGAGGUAGCCUGUGGGAAGAGGCCAAUAGAGGUGAAUGCGGAGAGGGAGCAUAUUGUUUUGGUGGACUGGGUGCUGGAGAACUGGAGGAGGGGAACAAUUCGUGAGACAAGGGACCCAAGAUUGGGAGAAGACUAUGUGGUGGAGGAGAUGGAGCUGGUGUUGAAGCUUGGAUUACUUUGUUCGCAUCCGCUGCCAGCAGCUCGGCCAACCAUGCGGCAGGUGAUGCAGUACUUGGAUGGUGAUGCGCCACUUCCGGAACUGUCGCCGACUUGCAUGAGCUUCAGCUCUAUGGCAAUGGUUCAGAAUGAAGGAUUUGAUGAUUAUAUCAUGUCAUAUCCCUCUUCAGUGUAUCCAUCCUCAACUCUCUCAGGAGGUAGAUGACAGUAGACAACACUACUCUAUGGCAUUAAUUAAGUCUCCUCUUUUCUUUCCCUUGUUUCUUAGGUGAAUAUAAUGUAAUCUUUUGUGUAAGACUUGUACCAAGCAGUGUGCAUCUCCCUAAUAGUUAGUAAUCUGACAGUGAUGGAACUUCUUGCUCAUAUUUCCUUCUGCGCCAUUGACUUUUAGAUUUUGUAAUCAGACAUUACCAUCUACCUGU